CAUUGAGUAACGUAAAAUAUAGACACACAAUAAUAAAUACGGGGCCUUGUCUUCUGGGCUCUCUCCACACACUGACUGACCCUCCACUAUCCACAUCAUCAUGAAAGUUGUCCUUCUUCUCGCCUUUGUGGCCGCCGCUAACGCGGCGUGGCUGUGUCCUAACGGGGACUCCGACUGUGAUCCCGGCGAGUGCUGCGUCAGGUCCUUCAUCAUUAACACCUGCCAGGACAGGCCCGGCCUGUACGACUCCUGCAACAACGACGCCCUCUCCGUCACCGGCUACUGCGACUGCGCAGAAGGCUUGAGGUGUGCCGACUACGGCACCAGCGCCUUCUCCGACUUCUUCAGCGGCGACGGCUGGUGCGUCACCGCGCCCGCGGAGCCCGGCAGCGGGAACGGGGUCUAAUCUGAGGAAAAUUGCCGUCCGAUCUCUCUGAGAAAGUUCUUUAGAUGUUGCGGACCAAAUAAAGCAACUUGUCAUGUAGA